UUCAAUGACGUGACCAUCAUAUGACACCAUCACAACAAAUAUGUCUGCCUCUGCCUGCUCUUCAGUGGGGUAACAAAGCUUCAAUUUCACCUUAUAUUUUAUUCUUGAUAACUCGACAAAUAUAUUUUUCAUUUUUCAAAACGUCUGCAUUUUUGAAGUGGUAACCUAAAAUCGUUUCUUAAACGUCCAACGCUAACUUGCCAGACGGUGAAUCUUUACCCACCGUCAUUAUGGAGCCGACCGCAUCCGGGAUCUUCUGCAACAGGAUGCUCAGCAUGGUGAACUCUGAGGACGUCAACGCGAUCAUUCAAGCUCAGAGACACAUGUUGGACCGGUUUGAGAAGACAAAUGAGAUGCUGAUCAACUUCAAUGGGCUGUCAAAUGUUCGCUUACAACAGAUGAAUGAACAUUUCCUAAUGCACACCCGUACUUUAAUUGAGAUGAAGAAAGACUUGGAUAGCAUCUUCAGGCGAAUAAGGACUUUAAAAGGCAAAAUUGCUAAGCAAAACCCAGAGGCUUUUAUCAACAUUAAUAAGUGUUCCAACCUGGAGGAUGAUGAUGAGGAAUUUGACCCCAUCCCUUCCAGCAUAGCCACAACCAUCACCACCACUGCAACAUCCGAACAAAGCACUGAGUCAUGUGACACAAGCCCUGAUGUAUUAUCUCCCACCAUUAGCUGCUGCUCUGAAGACCCCUCUCAAGAGAAUGCUGGCACACCAACUUCUGACAGUCCUGAACAGGCAGUGUUACAAGACGAGGGUCCAGAUUCAGCCGAGAUCUAGCCUAAUGUUGCUCAUAUUGUGUGUUUACUAGAGCCAGUUGGGUUUAACAUAUACUGUAAGGAGGGUCUUUAACCAAUUUGGUGCAUGGCAUUAUUGAUAGAUGUUUUUUUAUUUUAUUUUUUAUAUACUUAAAGUAAUAGUUCACCCAUAUUUGAAAAGUCAUUGCUUACUUAUCCCCAUGUUGUUGUAUUUGAAAAUACUAUUGUAUAUACUCAUUGACAUAUAAUAUGUGUAAAUGAGAAUCUGGGCUGUCAAAACGUGAUCAGUAUUAAUUUUAUUCCUAGUCUUUAAAAACUUUAAAACUGCUUUGUGUGAGGUACAAACUGAAUUUAAUGUGUUAUUAAAUUAAUGUCAAUUGUCA